AUGAAGGGGAUCCUCACGCUGGCUUGGCUCCUGGCUUGCAGUGUGCCUGCUGUGUCAGGUGGCUUGCUAGAACUGAAGUCCAUGAUUGAGAAUGUGACGGGGAAGAACGCCCUGAUGAACUAUGGCUUCUACGGCUGUUACUGUGGCUGGGGCGGUCAAGGGACCCCCAAGGAUGUUACUGACUGGUGCUGUUGGAUACAUGACCACUGUUAUGGGCUGCUGGAGGAGAAAGGCUGUCACAUCCGGACAGAGUCCUACCAAUACAGAGUCUCACGGGGCCUGGUCACCUGUGAGCUGGGGGCCCCCUGCCAGAUGAAGCUCUGCUCCUGUGACCGGAAGCUCGCCUACUGCCUGAAGAGAAACCUAAAGAGCUACAACCCUAGUUACCAAUACUUUCCCAACAUCUUCUGCACCUAG